AUAGUUUGUAAACAUGACAUUUGUGGAGUGGUUGAAAAACGAGUUUUAAUGACUCCAAUCUAUGUGUAUGUACACUUUUGACUUCAACUGUAUGUAAGAUUAUGGAGAGACUUACUUCCUGGAGAACAGGGGGUUAAUAUUGCCACAUCAGAGUGGGUUCAGGAAGGGGAACUAUGGACCCAGUGCUCUGCUUAGAAGCAGAGGAGACUGUUGUAGCUGUCUUGUUUGAUGUGGAUGGCGUAUGAUAUGCUAAUCAAGCUUGACCUUAUUGGUGUAGGAAGUAGAAAGUUCAACUGUUUGGAAGGUCUAUCCAGGUGAGGGUGGGGCAGCUACUUGGUGGAUAAUGGUAAACCACAGGAGAGCGUGAUUAGUUGGGAUGCACCGACAUUACAAUUUUGGCCGAUAGCUGAUAUUUUCCUUGCCAAAAAAAAACAAUACCGAUAACCGAUAUUUCUAGUACAUUUAAAUAGUUUAAACACACGCUAAAAAGUUAUUCUGUUGGCAUUUACGGAUGUACCAUUACCAGUAAACAAUCAAAACCUUUCUUUCACUUACUUACUGUGCGGUUUUGAUGUUUAUUUAUUCAGUCUUAACCAGGAUUUCAUCAUACAUGUCAAGCAGUGAAGUUUCAGCUCUCUUUGUCCGUGGCCUCUCUUCCUCGGUGCGCACUGUCACUGUUUCUAUCUUGUCCAGCUGUGUCUGUAACAUUUCACAUAAACCCUGUGUCUUGUCUGCAUCGAAGUAGCGGUCCUUGCAUCGAGCAUGGUGGCGAAACAGUAAAGAGGCUCAGAGAGAAUCCCAACGAAUCGCUUGUUCACAGCCUCUUGUAGCGUACUUUUGCUAGUUUUAACCCCGCGGUCUGUGUCGGCAGUUUCGUUGAGCAGGCGUUUCAAUGCCGUGACAGAGGGUAUCACGUCUGCUGCAGACGCUGUUGAUGAUCUUAUUUCUCGAGUCAGUUCGAAUGUAGCUAGGAGUGUGUUCAUGUUUCCAAGUUUCAAACAUGUUCUCAAAUGCCAUUGAAAUGGCAGCAGUGGUAUGAGAACCAGCACAUUCUUGAGCAUGCAAUACGGCUUUCCUCUAGUACGAAAUUCUCGUUGACCCACUGCGCUGUCAGACUCAGCAUGUUCACUGGGCUGACAGCGCUGGUCCAAAUUUCAGUCCUGAAGCUAAUAGCAGUGACGCCCAUAGCUUAUGAAUGUGCGUUUCAACAAUACUCUGGUAUGGUAACAUCUGAAAAAUAGCGCAUACUUGGUAGUGUGUACCGGGGCUUGAGUUGCUCGACCAGUCGACGAAAGCCAAAAUCAUCCACGACAUUGUCAAGGGCAAUGAAUUCCAAUAUCUUGGCGAUAAUGGAUUUCGCCUUUGAGUUGUCUCGCUGAAAUGUUCUUACUCUUUCAAAUGACUGCUCAACUUCAGCUUUUUUAGUUGUUGGUGUGCGCUUUAGCAUUUUUUUGCUUUUGUUCUGUGUUGCGCUGUAUUUUUUGUGGCGUCAUCUACCUACAUUAUAUAGGUGUGCCCGUCAACUUUGACAUUGGUUUUGCACAUCAGCGUUAAACUAGACACCGGGCUUGAUGCCGAUGUUGGCAUUUUUAGCUAAUAUCGUCCGAUUCUGAUAUGCUUACCAAUUUAUUUUGUGCAUCCCUAGUGAUUUGUCAUCUUUUGUUCUCAAUCAAUAUCAAUUAUGUUUACUCUCAGGUACAGCUGGAUAUUGGAAGGUCUUUAUUUGCAUAUGAUGGGGCCUAAUGGAAGAAAUGUACCAUUCACAGUCAGGAUGUACAGGAAGCAGUCUUAGGGAUUCAGAUUCUCUGUAGAAAAGUCAGACAGUGUUCUUUACCAUGAGGAAGGUGGGAGAUGAGGUACGUCUGAGGUUGUAUGGGAGAGACUGGGGCCUUCAGGUUCCUAGGGAUGUACUUUGACAUAAGGCUGACCUGGGCAGAACACAUUGAGAGAGUGGUGGGAAAAUUCUAUAGGUUCUGAAUGUGAUGCGCUGUCUGUAGCUUAUGGUUCAGCAGCCAGGAUAUCACUGGAAAGAUUAGAUGUCAUACAGGCGCAAGGACUCAGAAUAUGAAGCCAGACAGAGUAGUGGUGUGCGCUGUCUCAUUUCAUCAGUACUGAUAAGUCUGCAGUCCUUUAGCUCACGCAGCACCAGACAAAAUCUGCUGUCUGAGGUACUACAAACCCAUCUCUCUUCUAUAAACAGAGGAAAAGAAUCUAAUCAAAUUUGAUUUGUCACAUGCUUUGUAAAGAAUAGGUGUAGACCAACAGUGAAAUGCUUACUUCUGGGUCCUUUUCCAACAAUGCAGAGUUAAGAUACAAAAAUACAAAGUGACACAAAGAAUAAAUACACAGUAAAUAACAAUACAGAGUAAAAAUAACAUGGAUAUAUACGGGGAGUACAAGUACUUAGUCAGUGCAAGAGAAUUAGCACCAAAAAGGGUCAAUGCAGGUAUUAAGGGUAGCUAUUUAGCCGUCUUAUGGCUUGGGGUUAUAAGCUUGUUGGUCCCAGACUUGCUGCACUGGUACUGCUUGCCAUGCGGUAGCAGAGAGAACAGUCUAUGACUUGGGUGACUGGAGUCUUUGAACCUUUUUUGGGCCUUCCUCUGACACUGCUUGGUAUAGAGGUCCUGGAUGGCAGGGAGCUUGGCCCCAGUGAUGUACUGGGCCGUACUCACCACCCUCUGUAGCGCCUUGCGGUCGAGUGCCUUGCAGGUGCCGUACCAAGCCAUGUGCAGCCAGUCAAGAUGCUCUCAAAAAGUUGGGGGCGGGAGAACUGCAGCAUGAGAAAGAUGAUAGGAGGCCACCUUAAAUAGACAUAGGUUGGAACACAACCGGAUGAAUAAGUAAUUACAUAUCAUAGGAAAAUAUCCACCAGGAAGGUGUGAUUAUUGCCAGGAAAUAUAAACAGUAGAACAUGUGUUGAUAUAGUGCGGGCAGUAUAAGCAGGAGAGAGAUAUUUGAGCAUCUGGAUUUGAUUUAAAAAUAUAUAUUUUACUGUUAUUUUACCAGAUAAGUUGAAUGAGAGAGAAUGGGAUACAGGAAUUAAGUGUAAUGAGUCCAUUGAGUAGAAUAUGAACAUAUACAGUAUUCGUUUUUUGUGUGUUGUUUUUAUAAGAUAAACGGGGCAGGCAGGCAAUAUUAUGUUUCUCCCGGUCUCUGGCCCACACUCCACUCCAGCACAGUAGUAGGUGGCAGUAAUGCACUAACAACAUAGGAUGCCAACUGCCCAAAAAUACCACCGAAGAAGUAAACGGACGCGAACAGUGAUCAAGAACAAUUACCACUUUAGGGUUUUUAUUGUUUUAUUUAGACGUUUAUUAACACACUGGAACUCAAAGUAUGCCGAUUUUUACUUCACGGCAUCACAUAAUUACCCCAGGUAGUCUGUAAUUCGCGUUGGAAACAGGGCUUGGUUCAUAUACCUAUGUUAUCUAGGUAAGGCUAGCUAGCUGCUAACAAUGGCUGACUGUAUGGUUUUUCACACUCAAAUAGCCUCCAUUAUGGAGGUGCUGGCGAAUGCAGCCGUGGCAGAGAUCUGUAAACUAGUAGAUGACGACUAUGCAGUGUUUCGUUUAGAAGUUACUCAAAGCCAGAAAGAAAACAGAGGAUUGCGGAGGAAACUCCAGCUACUGGAACUGAAGGUGGCACGGGAGCGCGCAGAGAGGACAAUACGAGAGCGCGUCGUCGCCAGUCGUCCCAGUAGUGUCAAGAUCCUCGACCGAUACAGAGGAAUGGCAAGAGGUGAAGGACAUCUCACUGGAGGCCACAGGAGCUUUGUGAAACCAGCGGGACACAACGCGUGGAUAGAUGACCAACCUAUAGCUAUAGAUGAGGGGAGUGGAACCUCAACCCAGCAUGUUAUUGUGAUAGAGUCUGCAGAUGCAGAGGCUGCAGGUCCUGGGGUCAAUCAGGAGGGGACUGAAGGAAAGGACUCAAGACACAGAGACAUCCAGACUGGAGUGCUCCCUGUAGCCACGGAGGACCGCGCCGCCACGCCCCAACCCAGGACCUCCUGCAGCAUCACGGAGGAGGAGGAGGGUCCAGAGGUGCAGCUGGUCAAGGAGGAGGAGGUUCUGGGGAACCCUGAGGGGAACAUGGUCAUGGAGGACAACCAAACUACACCUCCUCUUGAACCCACAGAGGAACCAGCUGAGCAGCACAGGAACACACACUGUAUCACUGAGUCAGUAGACAUGGAGGAUGGGAAGCCUGAUCUGCUGCUAGUCAAAGAGGAGACCAUAGAAGAUGAACCAGAGAGCAUGGAUCUACUGAGUGGACUAAAGAUGGGGGAGCAAGGUGAUUGGCUGGAGGCUAACAGAGGAGACUGGACGGCCAUCUUGAAUUCCCAGACCCAGACCGGUGGAGCCAAGGGCUUACGGGACAACAUCACUGAGCAGGCCAGGACCAGAGGCGACAAAGUGGAGUCUGCUGUCCAUGAGAGCCUGCUGUCAUCCGGUGUUGCUGGUGGGAGAGACUGGGCCUCUGAGGUGGCUAGUCACAAAGCCUGGCCCCGGAUCAGAACCCUGGAUCAGCAGCCUUCGCUCUUCCUUCCCGAGUCGGAACCAGGACCCAACUACGAGGGACCGAGACUCCACCACCACACAGAACACAACCAGUGGACAGGUGGACUGAACAACCUCAGUCCUGGUGGUCAUCAGAGAGACAGAGGCUCCAGUCAGGGAUCCAGUCUGCAGCCCAGACCCUUCUCUUCACAGUCUCAGUGCAGGGAUGUAGCAGGGCCUGGGGCUGAUAGAGAUAGACCCUCCUGUUCCUAUGAUACAAACACCACAGUGUCCAUGAUAAACAGUGCAGGUCUUCCUGGGCUUCAGCCUUCACAGAGAGUGGUGGGAGACCCCCCUGGUAGGAGUCUAACAGGAAGUCUUUCCUCUCCAUCAGGAUCUCGUCUAAUGCCUGGUGAAUGGGUUCAUAGAAGGUCUGGGUCUAGCCUUCCUCAUUUACCUCAUGGUUACCCUAGCAAUACAGACAGAGUCAGGAUGGGUGUUCAGCACAAGCGCUUCCUAGCCUCGAACACAUCACAAAAUCCCAACAACACCCAAACAAUGGCUAGAGGUCAAGGAGGGAGCUCAAAGACUAACCACCUGAGGCUGGCUCCUGCUUCUACCUCCUCUGGUGUCAUUGGGAGGCCGAGCAUUAGGACUGACGCCGACAAGCCGUACACCUGCCCAACGUGUGGGAGGCGCUUUGCUAAAGCGAGCUAUGUGAAGAUGCACCAGACCGUUCACACCAAGGAGAAGCCCUUCAAGUGCAAACUAUGUUACAAGAGCUUCUCCUUCCUGACUAACCUUAUCAGACAUAGGAGUGUCCACAAUGGGGAAAAAUCGUAGCAGUGUGGCCUGAGAUGUACACAGGGGGUGUCAGGGUGACAUAUUAUAGUUAUGUGAAGUGUCUUUGGGUAAGAGAGUAAUUAACCACAUACCCCUCAUUAACCCUUUGUUAACUUGUCUUUUGAAACAGGCUUGUGUAAACUGUUUUUAGAGAGAGAGUAAACCUGGGCUAGAACAAGGAUAGUUGAAUAUUUACCUUACUGAGGUGAUGUAGAUGGAAUAAAGUAAUUGUAUUAUU